AUGCUGCAGUACCCGGCGUUCAUGACUCAAUACCCAUCGUCGACCCGGACUAUCCCGACGUCGUAUUUGCUCCCGGCCCAGUGGCCGCAGCCCCAAAACGACGAGAUGCUCCUCGCCAUGGAAGAGUCAGAACACGAAGAGAAGUUGAAUGAAAUCAGGAAGGGUAAUAGCAACCUGAUUAUUAUCGGGAAAACCACUGUUGAUAACGAAAAAGAAGAGUACGACAAUGAUGCAGAUGAUGAUGAUGAUGCUGACAAUGGGGAAGAAUCUGAAGGUGAUGAAUUCGAGCAAGAAACUGGUUAA